ACGCUAAGCACUUGAUGACGGUGUUGAUUUGGUGUGAUGGCGGGGUUGAACAUGGCUCGCAAGUUGCAAGGCGUGAAGCCCGUCGUCGUCGCCGCUGUAGCCUCUGGGCUACAAGUCCUUGGUGGAGCUUACCUCGUUCCUACACUAAGAUUGAACUCCCCGACACGCGUGAAUGGCGAGUACGACAUGAAGGCCAUAGUGGCAGCUGCCAAGUCCAAUUGGACGUUGCGCGGCCCGGUGGUCAUCGACUUGGCGAACGUGAGCUCGAACGGGUCACCUCACACGUCUCCGAUCAAACCAACCGAGUUCAAGGCGCUCUUUCGUUCGUUAAAGGAUGCCAAUCUCGUACCCAUAGCCAUCACAAACGCGAGCGAAGACGUCAAGGCCAUGGCGUGGCGUACGUUGCAAGUGCCGAGCAUCAUGGGCACACGUUUGAGCGACGACGACAACAUCGAUGGCGAGCGGUGGAUUGCCGUUUCAACUGUGUCACAGGGUGAUGAAACGGCCGAGUAUGCCGCGGUGACAGAGGAAGCGUACUCGAAGGUCAUUCCCUCAGCCGAUCAGGACCUUCCCCACAACGCGACUACAACGCCGACACAUGCACUUAGUGGCAUGAUGGUAGUCGAAGGCUCCGUGCGGACAGGGCAACAGAUUUAUGCCAAAGGCCAGGGGCUCGUGGUGAUGGGGUCGGUGAACUCUGGCGCAGAAGUGUUGGCCGACGGCGACAUUCACAUUUACGGGAUGCUGAAAGGUCGCGCCCUCGCUGGCAUCGGAGGAAAUUCCCAUGCUAAAGUACCAAGUCACUGUUUUUAUCACCCAUUUAAUUUGGUGCAUUCACAUUGAUAUAUCGUCGUAGGUAUACGCCCAGAGGUUCGAUGCCGAGCUGAUAUCCAUCGCUGAUACGUUUACAACGUGCGAUGCACUGGAAUCUCGUGAAUCGGGCGAAGUGGUGGACGACUUGCCCACAAUUGUGUGGCUUGAAAAUGGCAUGUUGCGAUUCAAAUCUGUCGUGCCUGGCCGCGUGUAGGAUAACGAAAAAAAAAAACUAUAAUUGUAAC